AUGUGUUUUGUGGAUAUUCUUAACAGUUGCUCGUCUCAGGUUGGAAAACGUUAUCGAGAAGGAGCUCAAGAAGUGUCUCUAGGUCCGGGUUGCAACUAUGCUGGAAUUGUGAUACACGAGUUGAUGCAUGCGUUAGGAUUUUGGCACGAGCAAUCAAGACCUGAUAGAGAUGAAUAUGUUGAAAUAUUCUGGGAAAAUAUAAAGAAAGGUAUAAGUGUAAUAGUAUUUGUGAAUUCAGUUGAAUUGAAUUCAGGAGCCAUGCAAAAUUUCAGCAUUUCUAUGUUUAUAGGAUGUAUAUAUUUAAAAUUGUGAACAUAUUUGAUGUUUUAAUUGUCCGUAUUGUUAUCAGGUAAAGAUCGUAAUUUUAAGAAAUACAGCCAUGGCCUCGUAGAUAUCCUUGGGACAAAUUAUGAUUUCGAAAGUGUGAUGCACUAUAGGAAUAAAUCCUUUUCCGAAAAUGGUAGGUCAACUGUCAUUAUAUGCCUUUUCUAGUACACUUAAUUUUUGAGAGUUAACUCAAGUGGGGUUAUUUUGAAUCCGCAUUUGUUUCCAUAAAAUUUAGGAGUGAAAUUAAAUAAAUUCUGGAAAUUGGCGGCAUGGCCUUCAUUUAAAAUAUUAAAGUGUCAUGUUUUGAUAAUAUUCAGGAAUAAGCGAUCAUGGAUCUGUCUGCAUGAAGAGUGAACUAAUAGCUUUUUGUGCCUAAAUUCUCUAAAAAACUUUUUCAAACAUGGGUGCAAAUGCACGCUUCCGUGAAAAAGUACUUGAAAAAAGAUUCAAGUUAAUCACUUUAGUUGAUGAAUCAAUUUGACAUUUCAAGGGAACGGUCUUCUACAGGUAUUUUUUUUGAAGGGAUAGCUUUGUUUGACAAGUCUAUAUAAUGUUUAUGAUUAGUUUUCAGCUCGUUUCGACAAAGGCAGAUAUCACGCUGGCUUUUUCAAACUGAAACAUAUAUUUCGAAUAAUUUAGUAGUGAUAUAAGCAUGGUAGUUAAAAAAUAAUAUUUUUAUACAACCAAUUCCUGAAUUUCGUUAUAAAGUUUUUAGAGUACAGUACAAAAUCUUAUCAAAUUCUUAUAUAUAGAAAUUAGUGGCCAAAUUCUUAAUGUCGUUUAUUUUUUAGGUCAAGCCACCAUACUCGCUAUAAAAAACCCCGAACGUACACUGGGACAGAGAUUGAGGUUAAGUGACAUUGAUGUCAUCAAAAUUGAUGCACUGUACGAUUGUACAGGUAAGAUUAAUGAAAAAUUAAAUGAAAACACCAAGCGUUUCGGUAGGUCAUAAGAUAUUUUUGCGCAAUUUCCUAGAUAGAAAAACGAGUCUCCUAUAUUCACUAAAAUUUGUUUUGUGGAAAGCAGUUUAUAUAGUUAUAUCGUAAAAACUUAAAGAUCUGUUUUCAUUAAUUAAAAUUUUCUGUUCUUCGAACUAAUGAAAGCUUUGCCGAUAAGACAUAUUUGAUAUUUAUACGUUGGGUGCUCAUGUUUUAAUUAAAUAAACGCAAAUCCAGUUGAAUGAAAAUGGCAUUCAUGAAUUGAAAAUUCAGUGCCUUCAUCAUUCAGGAACGAUCGAUCUAAAAAGAAUUUAUUUCCCUUACAAUUCUAUACUCAAAACAUAACGUCGAGGGAUGAUAAAAACUGCUGUGCGACUUUAUAUCACCUUUAAUGGAGACGCUAGACUGGAAUGAUUAAACAUUAGGUUGAAUGUGCGAAUGCAUGACCGGGCUCUGCAAUAUGAAAUGCGACAAGAAAUAUAUGAAAAAAUGUCCCACGGAACUUCCAAUUGAAAAGAAAAGUCUGUUCUUGAAUUGCUUCCGUCAUGCAUAUACGAAAUGUUACGAAAUGUUUUAUGGAGCAAUAAUAUAUAUGCGUGGUGCGCUUAUUUUGAUAUUCUAAUAUUUUUAUAUAGAUUCCGGAUCUGGUGUUUGGAGUCGGUGGUCUGAGUUCAGUCCAUGUCUAUCUUCAUGCUAUAAAUUCCGUCAGCGGUUUUGUUCUUCAUCAGACCGAGCUAAAGAUUGCCCAAAAGCUGAUAAAUUUGGGAUUGAGACGAAGCAUGUAAAAUGUUCUAAUAAAGAAUGUCAUGGUAAGAUUGAGGGAUAUAUUUCUCAAUAAACAGAUUGGAGAAUAUAAACUUUUUCUAACGUAAAAUCUGGUGGAUACGUUACACCCAUUUUCAAAAUUACGCGACCUCCCUGAAAAAUACUCUUACUUCAAAUGUCAGUUUUAUGUCACAAAAACUGCUAAAAACAGCAAACGUAAACAAACUGGCUAAAGGCAUUUUAAAUCGUAUUUAAUACCAAAACUGAACAAAAAUGAGCUAGAUAACUUAGAUAUACAAACUAAAGCACUAUACAAACAAUCACAUCAGAAAUAUGUGCCGUGAAUAGCUUUUAAAGUUUGAAAAAACAAUUUAUCCUGGAAUUUAGCUGUCCGUAUAAAACACGCGCGCUAGACUACAACGACAUGUUAUGAUUUUGUUUGUGCUUAAAUUUUGCAAUAAUUCUCACUAAAAUAUCUUGAAAAUCAUUGUAAGCAUGUUUAUAUAAAGCAUACAAAGCAUAUACAUCGACAAGGAACCGCAAAACUCGAAGUUUAAACUUCGUGACCGAAUCACAUAAAACUGAUAUGUCAACUCUAACAUUUUCGUCCUUGGUCGCGUAAUUUUGAAAACGGGUGUAAUAUACGAUAAUAUAUAAUAUUCGGAUUGAUACGUUAAUAUACGUUAAGUAAACGCUCAUACACUCUAUUUUUCGGCAUCGUCUUUUCUACGUGCAUUUACUGUUCACCCUGCAUUAUUUCCUUUCACAAUUUUUCUCGCUUUCUUCCUAUGUUUCCAAAUUGUUCAUCGUCUUAUAUCUUAAUUCUAAGCUGACCGGUGUCCUAUGAUAAGGGGGAGGGGGGGGGGGGCGCAUAUGCAUAAAUAAAUGACUAAAAAGGGGGGCUAUUAAAUUUUUUCAAGGAAAUGAGAGGGAGUGGUUGCAAUAAAAUUUGACGGAAUUUGCUUAAUAAGCGUGGUAUCCAUUUGCAAUUGGUUGUAAAUGUUGCGACUAAAUCAUGGUCAAUGAUGUGAAAUAGUCUGGAUUUAUCUUGUCUUCUGUGUGUUGUGUGCAAAUCAGUCUUUACUGAUUGCAGAGAUAAUUUGACAAUUUAUUAUUACAUCAGCUAUCUUGAUGUGGUUAAAUACAUUUAAGCAAAGGUUAACGUCGUAUAUAUUAUGCAGGCCACAUUCGCUGGGGGGAGUCUGUGAUGAUAUUGCUCACGUACAGGGGGUUGUUUUGCGCCUUGUAAUCAGUGCUUCGGUCUGGGUAUUCAUUCUGCCAUUGUAUGCUUUGCCUAGCUGCAGCAAGUUUAGCGCUUCGAUAUCAUUUCCCCACCCACCCAUGUUUAUUCUAGAGGAUUUUAUCUGGUAGUAUUAUCUGGUAGUUUAGUUUAUUAGCAGUAGCUAGUAGCACAUUUCCCAAAUUUGAACUUGGUUGCCUUCGCCUCAGCGUGUUGACAAUUGUUAUUAUCCUACGGUUAUGCUGUAAACACUGAAGAACAUUAUUAUUACUCGCUGGGGCACUGUGCCAUGGUGAGUAGAGGGCCACUUGUUAGUCAGUUGAUAUACUGUUCAGUGUUUACCCUCGUUAAAUAAAGUUGAUUGAUUGAUUGAUUGAUUGAUUGAGUAUAGGUUUCGGCACGCGUGGUGGAUGUCGGAUUUCCGAUCGUCGUUGAUAGCCACAAAAUAGAAUCUCCCCAAUUAUCCAUAAGUCUCUUGCCAAUUUUACCCAAAUUAUCCAUAAAUAACCCUGCAUUUUGGAUAGUGUUUGAAGAAAAAUAAGAGUUUUUUCUUUAUUUAACCAAAGACAACAAAUAUGAAAACAAUAAAAUUCAAUAAAAUUACAAAAACAAGUACGGUUUUAGUUUGCUUUAUCUCAUAUUUAUGUCUCUUUUUAUCUACGAAAAACAGAAAUUUUGAGGGAAAUAUUAUAAAUCUGUGGCUGUUUUAGUUGUUUUUUCUAUUUAGGAUGAUGUCAAAGUCCUCCUGGCUAUCUGCAAAUAAAAUUUGCAGCUCUUCGCAUUGUCAAAACACAACUAUUCCUGACUGCUUUUAUAGUUAUAAACAUUGUAAAACUUCCGUUGUAAUUUUGACUUUCGCUAACAAAAACGUAUGGAGAAAGUUCUUUAACCACAGCAGUUGCUCCAUUAGCUUAGGUUUAUUCUUCUUCGUUUUGAAUAGUUUUGAAAGAUGUUUAGACACUUUUUGCUGUUUGAAACUCGGCUCUCGUCGCUGGGAAAAAAGUUGCGUAUUGCCCGUGGGCAAUACGGGAAAAUCCUGCCUCGUCAGCAGCCAAUCAAAUUGCACGAUUCGUCAAAACAAGUACUUGCCGUAUAAUAAAAAAAAUUAUUAAAGUAUUGUUAAAAAUUUUUAGCAACCACGUUUUGUCGUUAUGGAAAAAAGUAUGGUUUAUAAAUUGUCAUCGCUCAUUAUUCAAUGCGCGUAUAUAUGAAACUGUUUUUAAAAUACUUGCAUUAUUUCAAUAUUAGUUUGUAAAAUCUAAAUAGUAAAACUUCCAAUACUCGAAUAAUAAUCUUAAAGAAAAAACAAAAAAGCUUUAGUGUUGCAGCCUGUUAUUCUCAAACGUGUGAGGCACUAAUAGGAUGAAAGUAUCACGUAAUUAUUUGAAUAAACCACAUCGCAUUUAUAGGGGCGUAUAUCCUAAUGUGGGUAUAUUCCUGACGCAUUCGACCCCACCCCCUCCCCCCCGCCUGGGGGCAAUAUUCCUAGGAUAUUUUCCGCCUUUUGAGAGGGGGAGAAUCUCCUGUAACACCGGAUCUGCUUUUACACUAAGUUCUCAUGGGUGCCGAAUCCAAGAUGACCAGGAUAGAAUACUGUAAGUUUAUCUGAAACCUAAACAAGAAUGGAUUCCAUGUUAUUCUCACGCUGGGGGUGCGCCAAAGAAAUUGCCGCCAACAUCCGUCAAGGCUGUUUACUGAUUAUUUUGGCAGUACUAUUUAAAAAAAAAUCAAUCCUUCAAUCCUUCGAAGCUCAAAAAAUUUCCUUAGAGGCUUAAAAACGGGGGGAAAACUUCGUAAUUUAGUUUGAUUUACUGAUUUAUUAUCAAUACUACUGGUUUUAAAGUUCCAUAUACUGCGCCCGAAAACUGCCAAACUGAGCCGACGUUACGCCAAUGCUCCAACAAUAACCCAACCCCACGCAAGAUAUCUUCAGAAAAUUCUACAUGCCUAAAGUCUAAGAGAAGUGGGUGCCCAAAUUAAGGGUUCUUGCGAUAAACUUCUCCUUUCCGCUCAGUAGGAAUGUACAAUCAUCCGCUUCUUUUUCAAUAAUAACUAAUACACCGUGCAACUUAUAAAUGAGAAACGUGCCAAAAAUAUUACCAAAAAAUAUUCAUCAAACAAACUAACAAUAAUUUCUUGACAACUAUAUUUGCUUUUAUUUUUUAGCACCAGUGGAUGGUCAUUGGGGCCGUUGGUCAUCAUGGUCAGCGUGUAGUUCAUCAUGCGGUUCUGGAAAGAAACAGCGGACACGAAAAUGUGAAGACCCGCCUUCAAGCAAUGGCGGGAAAAAAUGUACUGGCGUUAGAAAACAGGACAAAACGUGCCUUCAUCAGAAGUGUGGUAUAGGUAUUUGUUUUUAAUAGUAGAAUAUCACCUCAACACCUCAACAGUAAUAUAUGGACCAUUACGACACCCUUGCGUGUUAACAUACAUGCACAACGAAAGUUCUCACAUGAAGCGGUACAAUUAAAAAAAAAUUGACCAGAAACUGGAUUAACGGCACGAAAGGCUCGCAAAGGUUUGUGAAUCACAUUGAAGCCAAGCUGCGUGUCUUGAGUCUACUGUAAUUGCAUACAGUGUAAAACGCCUUCAGAUCUAAGGUUUUCUUUUCAGAUUCCAAACCCGCCUGUCAAACUUUCCAAUAGAUAUUUUCAAGUUCUUGAAACUUCGGCCAACACUUUGUGUUGAUUCCUCUGUUAUGGCCUCCGUUGGCCUUUAUUAUGAAAAAAAACACAUGCUAUUUACAGUGGUUAAUAACGUUUUUUUAAGUAUUUACAGUGUUUUUAAAGUAUAUAAAGUAAAUCAUUGAUAUCAAAAAAUUUUCAGAACAUAGUGUAUUUUGUCCACAUCAUGCUUUGAAUUGACCUUGGUCCGACAAAUACUUGACAUAAUAUUUAGCUUUAUCCAAUAAUUGUGUAACAAAUAUUGAUAAAUACCAUAAACGUGGUGUUUCCAUCAACCAAACUAUUGCAAUGGAAAAAUACACAUCUUAUAAACUCCGCUCUUUUCUUGUUCACAACAUGUCAUUGAUCUCUCCAGUAGGUUUGUGCCAAUCACGCCGCUCUGGAUAUCUUCCAUUGCCUUUAUUUGUACCUGACAGUAUAAUGCAUUAUGCAAUGGUAAAUAAGACCCACUUAUGUUGUUGUUUGCCUUGUCCUGACCUAGGUCAAGACAAUUGCAAUUUUGAAAAUGGAUGGUGUAUAUGGCGUAAUGUUAAUAAAUUGUGGUAUCGGCAGUCAGGAGGAACAAAAUCUUCAAGAACUGGUCCUACGGGAGAUAACAGUGGCCUUAAAGGAGGUAAGUGUUCACGGAAUGAUUUAUGAAGCUCAGUUUACGCUAUGAGACUGUGUCUGUCGUGAACUUACUGUAGCUAAGCUUAAGCUUAAAUCGUUAUUUUGAUAGCGAAAACAAACCAUGACCAAGCCAGAACAUCUUAGCUCACUGAAUUAUAUAUUCUGUCUGGAGACUGCAGUUAGCGAAAGUCAGAUUUGGAGAGACGUGAACACUCUCUUUAUAUUUCUUAAGACGCGACUGUCUCUAAGCCGCAUUUUUAAACUUCAUUGUUGAAGUAAUUCCGACGACAGCCGCACAAGAUAAUCGUUUUACUAAUUACAAUGUCCUGGAGUGCAACUCCAUCAUCAGGUCAGGUGUAUAAAACGGUUCGAUGAGAAAAUCUAAUCACAACAACAAUGAAUCUUUUUAAUUUUUUUGGUGAAAAAGACUUAUUUCGUAACUCUUUUAAAGCCGAGAAUGAAGUUGUAGGCGGAUUGACUUAGACACUGAAAUGUAAAGUGUGUUAAUGUAUCUCAUUUCCCGUGGUCUUGCUUGAGUUCAGCUUUAAAUAGGACAAGAAUCGCAGUCUUAACACGGCUUAAUAGUUAAUACAUCGUGGUACGGUGGCCAAUACGGGCCAACCCUUCUCCGUUGAAACUUGCAUCUUCUCCGUACAAAUGUGUUGUUAUUCCGUGGAAAUCAAACUUCUCCGUGGAAUAUUGCCGUUGUUCUGUCACGGGAAGUCUUUUCUCCCUAGAAAUAUGCAGUUUCUCCGUGGAAACACGCAUCUUCUCCGUGGAAACAAGCAGCUUUUCUGUGGAAACACCGCAGCUUCUCCGCGGAAACGCGUAGCAUUUAUGUGAAGCACGAUGCGUUGGCCCAAACGGGGCACCUCUUCUCCGCAGAAACAUGCAGCUUCUCCGUAUAGAAACACGUGCCUUCUCCGUGGAUGAGCACUUACCUUGUGAAUUAAAAAAGGCACGCCCCCCUGAAUAUUUAUUGGUUUUAUACGACGGGAAAGGGGGGGGGGGAGAGAAAAUAAAGUCACAAGUCAACAUCGUGGUCAAAACAUUACAAGCCAAUUUUAUAAAUAUGAAUGCUUUAAUAUGGGCACAGAUAUCCAGCAUAUAAAUUGUGAGAAUUGCCAGGCAGAGAUUUUGAUCGUUUAUAGCUUUUAUAACAAUCGUGGAAAUAGAUACGUACUAUAAAGUUUACUUUUUUAUAUUUAGUUAUCAUUUUUAUUUGUAGAUUUAUAUUUUUACAUAAAAUUGAAUAUACGAGCGGAUCCGCAUACGAGACUGACUGACAGAUUAAUACGGUGUAUAUUUAAAUAUUUAAUUUAUAAAAAUAUAAAUCCACAAAUAAAAAUGAUAACAUAAAUAUAAAAAAGUAAAACUUUAUAGUACGUAUCUAUUUCUACGAUUGUUACAAAAGCUAUAAACGAUCAAAAUCUCUGCCUUGCAAUUCUCACAAUUUAUAUGCUGGAUAUCUGUACCCAUAUUAAAGCAUUCAUAUUUAUAAAAUUGGCUUGUAAUAUUUUGACCUCGAUGUUGAUUUGUGACUUUAUUUUGUCUUCCUCCCCCCCCCCCCGUCGUAUAAAACCGAUAAAUAUUCAGGGGGGCGUGCCUUUUUUAAUUCACAAGGAAAGUGCUCAUCCACGGAGAAGGCACAUGUUUCUACGGAGAAGCUACAUGUUUCUGCGGAGAAGAGGUGCCCCGUUCAUGCCACCGCAUCGUGUUUCACAUAAAUGCUACGCGUUUCCGCGGAGAAGCUGCGGUGUUUCCACAGAAAAGCUGCUUGUUUCCACCAUAGAUAUCUAUGGUUUCCACGGAGAAGGUGCGUGUUUCCACGGAGAAACUGUAUAUUUCUACGGAGAAAAGGCUUUCCGUGACAGAACAACGGCAAUAUUCCACGGAGAAGUUUGAUUUCCAUGGAAUAACAACACAUUUGUACGGAGAAGAUGCAAGUUUCUACGGAGAAGGGUUGGCCCGUAUGGGCCACCGUAUCGUGGAUAUAGUACGGCCUCAUGUUCCUUUGUCACUCCUUGUUCCAGGGCACGCGGAAGCACGACGCGUGCAGCGACUCAAGCUGCGCAAUUUGCCUUUCGUAAUCACAACCUUUUGAUUGCAUUGCAGUUGGAGACUUCGUUGUAUCCAUCGUUUGCGCAGCAUUGCAACCAAAAAGUUACGAUUAGAAUAGGUAAAUGGUGCACUUGCAGCCGCUGAACUUGUGGUUCUGACAGCCCUGGUCUUUCCGCAAUUGCAAUCGUAUGUCUUGUUUUUUUCUCAAGCGUACCUUUUUGUCCACGCAACGUUGUCCUCCCAAUUAUUCAUAUAACUCUGGUACCUUUUAAUUGCUAUUAAAAAUUAAAGUUUUGACUAACUAUAAUUUAAGAAAGACAUAACGUGGUAUGGAUUAUUCAAAUUUUGUUUUUAAAUAAAUACAAUUAGCAUUAUAUAGCAACUCGAUAACAAUCACAUCCCCAAAGAGUAGUUGAUCUUUUUUGUUUGCUUAGAAUUUAUCUCAAAGCUAUGAAAGAGGCAACAUUAAUAAGUCGGUCAAUUUCAUUCUUCUCACCCUGAUAUUUAGGUGUAUAAUAAUUAGCAUUAUAUAGCAACUCGAUAACAAUCACAUCCCCAAAGAGUAGUGGAUCUUUUUUGUUUGCUUAGAAUUUAUUUCACAGCUAUGAAAGAGGCAACAUUAAUAAGUCGGUCAAUUUCAUUCUUCUCACCCUGAUAUUUAGGCGUAUAUCUGUAAGUCAAUCAUCAGGUUAUGACCUAAAACAUCUUUAGUAAGAUCUGAAAUGCGUAAUGUGUUUUCUCUAGGUCACUAUAUCUACUUUGAAAGUUCAUGGCCUGUCAGACCUGGAAAACAAGGCAUUGUGGAAAGCAAGAUCUUUGGUCCAACUCGGGCAACAUGUAUGUCGUUCUACUUCUCGAUGUACGGAGAUACAAUGGGAAAGUUGACAGCUUAUAUACAAGACAUAAACAAGCUGCAGUCGCAGAAUAAAAGAAGAAAAGUUUGGGAGAAGAUUGGAAACCAAGGAAUAUCAUGGCAAAAUUCUAGAAUCACUAUUUCCAGCAAUUCUCCUUUCAAGGUAAUGACAGAGCUUUUUUUUUUUUUUGGGGGGGGAGAGUUGUGUUUCGAGUUGGUGUCGUGGAAAGAUAAAAUGGUAUCUUCCUACUCUGUUAGUGCUGUAUAACCAAACAUCACGAAGCCGGAUUUGCACAAAUCUUCUCCAGGGAAUAAAAUUUGGAAUGUGACCUGGUCUCAGCCAGAAGUUAACCUGAGAAUGUGGAAUUGUAAUUCGGACCACAAUCUUCUUUUUCCGCUGUCUUCAUGAUUUCGUUGGCAGAAGAAUUCGCUACGUUUUUGAAAUUAUUCAGCGGACAAGAAUCAAAGAAGUGUUAAAAGUGAUAAAUAAUUAAAUGAAAAAGCUACACUACGGCAGAAAUCAUCCCAAAGUUAGAAUUGUUUUUGCUCGAUAUACUUUCGUUUAUAGAGUGAAUGCAAAGCAGGAAUAAAUUCAAUUUGCGAUCUUAACAGCAGCGGGCGAAACAAUGCAUGUAAACUUUCAUUCAAUCUUCGAAAUCUGUAUUGAUAAAAAACUUAGCCAAAAUGAGCAUCUUCCUGUGAGUUUCUUUCAUUGCUCAGUUUGUUCAUCACAUUUAUAGAAACACAUUGAAAAUUUUAUUUCUUCACCAUACAUUAAAUAGAAGGGUAAAAUGGGUACUUCGAUUUGCGUAGUCUUUCUCUGUUAAAAUGUGCAAUCAAGAACAUAAAACGGGUUUGCAUAAUCAUCCGCAGGGAAUCAGAUUGAGAAUGUAUAUGUGCAUGGUGGUCGUGUGACUGGUUACAGGCAGAAUUUCAGCUGCGAAAAUGAGAUUGGAACUUGUUUCAUGACCCUUAUUGCCCUUUUUUAUGUUAUCACUGCCGGAACAAUUCUCUUUGUUUUUGAAAUUAUUUAACAGAUAAAAGUGAAGCAGUAUCAAAAGUCAAAAUAGAUAGAGGAAUGCUAUAAACUAUUGCAUGAAAAGAUUAUGCCAAAUUUACAUUUGAUUUUGCUCGUUACUUUGGUUUAGUUUGCGACCAAAACAGUGCAUGGGUGUUAUCAUGCAUAUCUAAAGUCUGUUUUCCACUAGGAUAAUUUUUCGCGGGAAAUGUAGCAAACAGAUAUCUUGGCAAUGUGAUUAGUCAGCGAAAAAAUUCCUGGCGAAAGAGUUUGAUCAGUUCCUACGGUUUUGCUGUUCGCGUGAAUAAAUUCACUGGCCUAGUGGAAAGUGGGCUUAUAAUAUUCCACAGUUCGCAGAGAACCAAAGCUAUCUCACUUGUUUAAAGCAUCCUCUUUUGGGUUUCACUAAAUUUGAAUAAAUACGUUAGAAUGGUGAACGUUAAAUAAUUGGAAGGCAAAUUCUAUCAAUUAUAGUCGUGAACUUGAGACCGGUCUUCUUGAACAACAUGCACACAUUUCAAAAUACUAAGCUUAUUAAGGCUUAUGUUCUACACCGAAUUUGUAGAAAUUUGAUGAAAUGUUUUCAUUUCUCCUUAUAUAUAUAUUAAACUUACCCCACAGGCAUAUUACUUAUAUCGAUUUCAGUUGGUAACUCAACAAUUUCUAUCUGUUCUUAAUAUCAACUAGAUUUCUAGCUAAUGUGUUUCGAAGGAGAAGAAAAUUUUUGAAGAAUUACCAAUAAAAUUGUAGUCGUAAUUAGCUAUAGAAAAAUGGACAAAUUUUUUUGUUCUUUAGAUACUCUUCGUUGCUACCAGAGGUUAUAGUUAUAGAAGUGAUAUAGCAUUGGAUGAUAUUACUUUUAAAAACCAGAGUUGUGUACCUUCGAUAAGUACUACAACAAUUCCAAGUAUAACGGGUAAGUAUUCUUGUUUAUAGUAUUUCUUUUUUUUUAUUAUUUUUUCAUUAUUUUUUUAUCAUUCAGGGUAAGUAUUUCCAACUAAAUUUUUAAGAUACAUGACAACAAGAGGGAAAUUUGUCGUCACUGUCCAAAAAAUCGCGAGCAGAAACAGAAACCAUUGCAUUCACGUCAGUGAUUUACAUUCAAAACAAAACAAAACAAAGCAUAGCAGAAAGUUAGCAAGAAACUGUUUUAGCUGGCGAUUUUUUGCUUUCCAUUCAAUCGAUUUCAGCACAAACUAACGGUUAUUCUUCGAUCAUGAAUUCCUUGUUUUGGGAUGAUUUAUUUUUGUAAUCGAGUGAUUGGAAGAAGUGAAUAUGGCGACGUGAACAUGGGAGUAAAUACCGUAUACGUCGAGCUAUGACUCUCCAAAAGCCGUGAUAAACAAAGAAAAACGUGAUAUGAGAAUGAAAUAUAAGUUAAAAUUACUUUUAUAUGCUUCAAAUUUUCCAUCCUAUGUUUCUUACUGUAACUUCAGCGGUCUAAUUUCAAAACAGAAGCUAUCAAAAUUUGACAAAAAUUUGAAAAUAUGUAAAAGACUUUCAUCUGUAUUUUUUUUUUUAAAUAGCCCGUGGCCUUAAUUUCAAAUAUAGCUAGCUACAUGAAAAGAAAAUUUUUUCGGCGUUUGUAUGUAUCAAGCAUAUCGGGAGGAAAAAGGGGCUCACAAGGGGAUGAGUUGUCAUCCUCAAUGAUCUCAAAAUAUGUGGCUGACUGUGAUGAAUAGCAAACACUGAUUGGUCGAAUUUAAAAUUUACUGUUGUAUGACAAAUGACAACAGCGAAAUAACAAAUAUUUCUUGCAAAUAUAUUGUAUUUUUGCAAGAUUCUCCAACUUUCAAAACCUUUUUGAGAGCCAAAAACCGUCUGGAAACUUCAAAAAUUGAUGGAAAAAAUUGCACAAUUGAUGGAGAAAAUUGGAAAAUUAAUCAUUUGGUAAAUAAAAGUGAUAUUUUGAGGGAAUUUUUCAAUUGUAAAACUAAGAAAUACACAUCUUAUAAACUCCGUUCUUUUCUUGUUCACAACAUGUCAUUGAUUUCCCCAGUAGGUUCCUUAAAUUAAUGCAUUAUGCAAUGGUAAAUAAGACCCACUUAUGUUGUUGUUUGCCUUGUUCUAACCUUGGUAAAGACAAUUGCAAUUUUGAAAAUGGAUGGUGUAUAUGGGGUAAUGUGAAUAAAUUGUGGUAUCGGCACUCAGGAGGAACAAAAUCUUCUAGAACUGGUCCUACGGGAGACAACAGUGGGCUUAAAGGAGGUGAGUACGCAUUGAUUUGUGAAGCUGAGUUUACGCUAUGAGACUUUGUCCUGAACUUAGCUAAGCUUAAGCUUAAAUCGUUGUUUUGAUAGUGAAAACAAGCCAUGACCAAGCCAGAACAUCUUAGCCUACUGACAUAUAUCUUCUGUCUGGAGACUGGAGUUAGCGAAAGUCAGAUUUGGGGAAUUGUGAACACUCUCUUCAAAUUUCUUAUGACGGAACUGCCUCUAAGCCGCAUUUUUAAACUUCAUUGUAAUUCGUUCGACAGUCUUACAAAAUAAUCGUUUUAGGCUACUAAGGGAAAGUACAUUUAUUACACCGAGGGGGGGGGGGAUGAAGAUGUCUUGAAAAAAGCUCAUAUUUUUACAGGGCCCCUGUUGAGGUUCUCGGUAAAUUUCGAUGCCCCCCCCUCCAAGUUUUUAAAAUUUUCAAUGCGCCCCCCCCCCCCUCCUCUAGAAUUCGGAAUCGAAGGAGUACAAUCCGGAAUUCUCUCUUAUCAUAGAUACAAUUUGCAGUUCCUCCAGAUGUCUGAUAUACUCAAGCAUGUGCUUCUCCUCAACAAAACUACUGAUCUGCUGCUUCUUUAACCUCACUAGCACCAGAUGAAAUGGCACCGUCUUUAAAACAUUUUAAAUUGGCUCUAGGGGUGAAAUUAUCAACAGGUUGUUGUUGUCCAUCAUUCAGCGUAUUCGGAGUCUUGAACACGUUCAUGUAGUGGCCAGGAUUUCCUGGAUCAGGGUAAUGUGCUGGAACCUUACAGUAUGUCGCCCCCACCCAAGUGUCUCCCGGCAUCUGUUGCAAAUGUCUUUGUAUGCCUGUCAAAAAUGCAUGCAAAAGUGACAUUAUGCUUCAAUUUCUUUAAUUUCCAUCCCGUUUGUACGAAAUAUCCCAUAAACAUAGAACACAUCAUUCUUGCAAAUCGUAUACGCUUUUUUGUUUUUGGAACUGCUACUUUUUGGCGCGUAAGUUACUUCACAAACCUGGCGCCAAAAAAUUUAAAAUAAGCUAUAGGUGAUUUCAUGUAUCCAUUUAGAAGAGCAGACUAAGGAUAUCUUAAAACUGAAAUCGGUUUCGAAUACAACCAUCAGGGACGUAGCAAAGCAAGUUUGGGGUGGGGGGGGGGGUCAGAGGAUUAUACGUAUUGGCAAUCUCAUACUAAGUUUUGGGAAAAAAGGGGGGUCUGGGGGUCCUCCCCCAGAAAAUUUUUACAUUUUUGAAGCUCUAGGACUGAAUUUCUGGCGUUUUCUAAAGCAAAUUUCGCAAACAAAUUACAUGUAAAUUGACUGUAUUUUACAAAAAUGGUUAUCAUUUCACAAAAAUAAUUACUUUAUUACGCAAAUUUUACCUGAAAAUGUAAAAAUUUUAACUUUAAUUUACUGGAGUCAAACCUUUGAAAAGUUUAGAGCCCCCCCUUCAGUAUAUCAAGAACUUUCAGAGCCCCCCCUUUAAUGCCAGAAAAUAUUUCGGAGCCCCCCCUUAACAUCUUCAUCCCCCCCCUCGGCAUAGUAAAUGUACUUUCCCUAAUUACAAUGUUUUGGAGUGCAACUCCAUCUUCAGGUUUACAAAAUGAUACAAUGAGAAAUCCAAUCAACAACAGUGAAUCCUUUUAAUUCUUUUUGGGAAAAAGUUUUAUUUCGUAACUCUUUUAAAUCUGGGAAUGAAGUUGUAGACGGCUUGACUUAGACACUGAAAUGUAAAGAGUGUUAAGACAUCACUCUUACCUUGGUGUUGCUUCAAAUCAAAAUCAAAUCAAAUAUAUUUUUGCCACAAAAAAUAACAGUAUAGAAAAUAUACAAUUAAGGAACUAUAAAAAUCAAGGAAGCCCAAAAGAAACCAAAAGGCUUAUAGAGUUUGGACUACCUUUUACAUUCUGAUAAGACCGAAGCUCAUUUAAAAUAUGAAAUUAACACUACCGCUCUGAAAAUAAAUAAUUUAUUCGUGAAAAAGACAGAUAUCAAUAAGUUUCAAAUACACAAAAGUAACAGACACAAAUCACCUUGAUAAUAUUACGGAAACAGCUCACUUUUCUCUAGAAUUUGCACUAAAUAGAAUAUCCCUGUUCAUAAUAUUUCGUGUUUAACAUACACAGAUAUACAUAUACAUACAAACGAACACAUCUAUAUUCACGAUAAAAUAAUACUAAAGAGUAAAUAGAUAUUCUUUUAAACUUUCUCUAAAACAAGAGAUACAUGAAGCACCAUAAAUAUCUCGGGGAAGCGAAUUAAAGAGUUUUACACCUUGAUAAAUAACAGAAAACUGUCUAAUUUGCGUUCGGCAGAAUGGAACAUGAAACAAAUUUGAGUUACGUGUAUUAUAAUUAUGAACUUGUUUAACGCAAAGAAAGAAAUGAUUAAAGCUGGCAGGCAACAUCUCUUUAAAAUAUAAGUACAUAAACUUACCGAAAUGAAAUGAAUAUAUCCUAACAAAUGGAAAAUUUUUUAGUUUCCUAAAUAUAGGUUCAGUGUGUGCAUCAUAUGCCGAUUUGUCUACAAUUCCGAUAAUAUGUUUCUGCAGCAACACAACACAACACAACACGAUAUAAAUUCAAUCGGCACGUUGAUCCCCAAACUAAAAUACAAUAUUGCAUAUAUGGGUAAACAAGAGAAUAAUAUAACGUAAUUAAUGAUGAAUUAGAAAGACAAAAACUUGCUUUUUUGACUAUACCAAUCGAUUUAGACAUUUUCCUAGCUACAUGAUAUAUGUGCCUUCCAUGUUAGAUGUUCGUCUAAAAUUAAUCCCAGAAAACUUACUUCCGUGACUAAAUCAAUUUCUAUAUAAUUUAGCGAUAUUUUCAAAUCAGUAAUGCACUGUUUUUGUUUUUGUUUAAAAAUCAUAUAUUUAGUCUUCUUAAAAUUAAUUGACAAUUUGUUAACUGAAAACCAAUCAAAUAAUUUAUUCAACUCAGAAUUAAGCUGAUUUAUCAAAUCAGGCAAAUUUUGGUUCGAAUAAAAUACGUUUGUAUCAACAGCAAAUAAAAUCACAUGAAAUAUAGUUGAAACAUUACAAAUAUCAUUAAUAUACAAUAAAAAAGUAAUGGACCUAAUAUUGAGCCUUGCGGUACUCCACACUUGAUAGUCAUUUUUUGAGAGUACACCCCGUUAUACUGAACAAAUUGGAGUCUAUUACUGAAAUAACUUUUAAACCAAUCAAGAGCUUUACCACAAAUUCCAUAAUGUUGAAUUUUUCAAAUAAAAUAUAAUGGUUUACAGUAUCAAAUGCUUUAGAUAGAUCAAGAAAAAUACCAAUUGUGAACUUAUUUUGAUCAAUUGCUGAUGAAAUUUUAUCAUAUAACUGCAAUGAGUGAUCUUUUCUAAAACCAAAUUGAUUAUCAUUGAGAAUAUGAAACUUAUUUACAUAACUUAGUAAACGAUUAUAACUUACUCUUUCGAAGAUUGUAGAAAAUAUUGGUAAGACUGAGAUUGGUCUAUAAUUUACAAACGUUCUAUGAUCAUCUGAUCUAAAUAUUGGAACAACUCGCGCAAUUUUUAAUGGAUCGGGAAAUAUACCAGAUGAAAUUGACAAGUUGACAAUAUGAGUGAGUGGGCUGGCAAUCAAUUCGAUCGAUUCUUUAAUAGCAGACACUGAUAAAUUAUCAUAGCCAGCUGCAACUCCAUUCCUAAAAGGGUAUACAAUUUCCAUAAUCUCUUGCUCAGUUGAGGGUUCAAAAAACAUGGUGUUUACAUAAUUCCCAGAAAGAAAUGAAUUAGGAGAUAUAGGGACCUUUUGUAUUUUUCUAGCCAAGUUAGGACCAAGAUUGGAAAAAUAUUUACAAAACUGAUCAGCUAUUAAUAAUGGAUCAGAACAUUCGUGAUUAUCAGUAACAAAUGUUGAUGGAAGACGUCGUGUCUGAUUUCGCUUAUUAAUAAUCUCGUUCAGUAUGUUCCAUGUUUUAUUAUUAACAUUUGGGAAAUUUAAAUACCGCUUAUACAAUCGAUUUUAUUGUCUAAUUAAUUUUAAGAGACCUUUAGAAAGCCAUGGUUUUUUGAAGAUUGACUUAAUAUUUUUAGCUUUAAAUAUGACAAGAAUUGCAGCCUUAACACGGCUUAAUUAAUACAUCGUGGAUAUAGUACAUUAGUACGGGUCAUGUUCCUUUGACACUGCUUGUUUCAGGGCACCUGGAGCCACGCGUGCAGCGGCUCAAGCUGCGCAUUUUGCCUUUCGUAAUCACAACCUUUUGAUUGCAUUGCGGUUGGGGACUUCGUUGCAUGCAUCGUCGUCUGCACAGCAUUGCACCCAAAAAGUUGCGAUUACAAUAGGUAAAUGGUGCACUUGCAGCUGUUGAACUCGUGGUUCUGACAGCCCUGAUCUGUUCCCCAAUUCCAAUUGUCUUCUGUCAACCGCACCUUGUUUGUCCACGCAAUGUUGUCCACCCAAUUAUUAAAAUGUGAUUACUCUGGUGCCUUUUAAUUGGUAUUAAAAAUUAAAGUUUUGACUAAUGACUGUAUGGAUUAUUCAAAAAUAUUUUUAAUUAAAAAAAUACAAUUAUACGAUAUACAUGUACUAGCAACUCGGUAGCAAUCACAUCCCCAAGGAGUAGUUGAUCUAUUUUGUUUGCUUAGAAGCUAUGGCAAAAUUAAUAUGUCGUUCAAUUUCAUUCUUCUCACCCUGAUAUUUAGGCGUAUAUCUGUAAGUCAAUCAUCAGGUUAUGACCUAAAACAUCUUUAGUAAGAUCUGAAAUGCGUAAUGUGUUUUCUCUAGGUCACUAUAUCUACUUUGAAAGUUCAUGGCCUGUCAGACCUGGAAAACAAGGCAUUGUGGAAAGCAAGAUCUUUGGUCCAACUCGGGCAACAUGUAUGUCGUUCUACUUCUCGAUGUACGGAGAUACAAUGGGAAAGUUGACAGCUUAUAUACAAGACAUAAACAAGCUGCAGUCGCAGAAUAAAAGAAGAAAAGUUUGGGAGAAGAUUGGAAACCAAGGAAUAUCAUGGCAAAAUUCUAGAAUCACUAUUUCCAGCAAUUCUCCUUUCAAGGUAAUGACAGAGCUUUUUUUUUUUUUUGGGGGGGGAGAGUUGUGUUUCGAGUUGGUGUCGUGGAAAGAUAAAAUGGUAUCUUCCUACUCUGUUAGUGCUGUAUAACCAAACAUCACGAAGCCGGAUUUGCACAAAUCUUCUCCAGGGAAUAAAAUUUGGAAUGUGACCUGGUCUCAGCCAGAAGUUAACCUGAGAAUGUGGAAUUGUAAUUCGGACCACGAUCGGACGAGGGACCUCUUCUUACUCUAUUAAAAUUUGCUAUGAUCAAAGAACGUGAAGCCGGAUUUGCACAAAUCAUUUCCAAGAAGUAAGAUUUGGAAUUUUAGUGGAAUUGCCAGAAUUUUAGUGGAAUUGUAAUUUGCUCAACGAUCUUCUUUUUCCGUUUUCUUCAUGAUUUCUUUGCCGGAAGAAUUCGCUAUGUCUUUGAAAUUAUUCAGCAGACAAGAAUCAAGGAAGUAUUAGAAGUGAUAAACAUUUAAAUAAAAAGCUACACUACUGCAGAGAUCAUCCCAAAGUUAAACUUGGUUUUCGCUUGAUACACUUUCGUUUACAGAGUGAAUGCAAAACACUAAUAAAUUCCAUUUGCGAUCUGAAUAGCCGGCGAAACAAUGCAUAUCAACCUUCGUCCCAGAAUAAAGAUCCAUACAGAAGGGCCACUUAUUUCGCAUUGCUCAUGUCGGCCGCCAUUUUCCAGUCAAUGACAUUUUCUGGCCAAUAAACUCGCUGUACUGCAUGGCUGGCUGCCCCGUCUUCUGGCCAGUAAACUGCAUAUUUUUGCAUAAAAAAAAGGAUGUGUGCACCGAUGAGUGGCCUUACUGUUACUGAUGUUUAUUCUGCGCCUUCGUAUCGACAUUUAAUCUUCCGUAGUGAUGCAAAACUUAGCCAAAAUUUGCAUUUUCUUCUGAGUUUCUUUCCUAGCUUAGUUUCUACACACAUUUAUAGAAACAUAUUGAAAUUUAUUCUUUCCUCAGUGGAAUGGAGUUGUCCCAUUGUCCACAACGAUUUCAAUAACGGGAACUAUAGGAACGUGA